CUGAGAUGUCGGUGGGAGUGACAAAAUUGCGGAAGCGCACAUAAAAUCGGUGACUCUAAACUACAAAACUUUCAGUGGUUCAUUUCCUACCGUGACUGACAAAUGGCGUUCCUCCGCAGCCACUUGGAGCCUGUGGUGUUUUUUGCGCAAAUCGCCAGCUCGUUUUUCGACACCGGUCUCCAGAUGGUUGUGAAGCAGCGUUACGAGAACACCACAAUCCCCGGAGCCGGAGGAGAGCACAAGCAAAGGUCCAUUGCAGACUUUUACAUGAUCUUUAACAUCUUAACCAAGGUGGUGCCCAUCAUCCCAGCGUUCCUGCUGGCGCAAAUCGGAGACAAGGGCUAUCGGAAGGUUCCUGUGGUCGUACCUCUGAUCGGUUACUUCGUGUCACGCGCACUGCUUUUGUUGGUCAUAGCUUUUGACUGGAGGGUUGAAGUGAUGUACGCGUCUCCCGUCGUGAACGGGCUCUGCGGCGGCUUCUCGUCCUACUGGCCAGGCGUGAUAACGCUGGUGUCGCUGAGCACGAGCGAGGAGGUCAGGUCUCUGCGCAUUAUGCGCACGGAGCUCACAUACGGACUAGCAGGCUUCCUGGGGAGUCUGGCAUCAGGUCACCUGUUCCAACUCUAUGCGCUCGGACACCGGCAAGGAUUUGUGCUCUCGUGCAUGAGCGUGGUGCUGUACUUCGUGUGCCUCGUGUAUGCGGCGUUUAUCUUACAAGUCAACACGCGCACGCCGUCCGCGGACGAGAGGCGGGAUGGUGAGAGUGUCGGCAUCCUGAACAGAGACAAGGUCAACAUCGCGCUCCUGAUCGCCGCCGGGAUCCUGUACGACGUGGCGGUGGCGGGUGGAGUGGAGAUCCUGAACGUGUACGUGCUGGUGGAACCGCUGAGCUGGACCGCGACGCAAGUGGGCUACGGCAACGCCGCCGGCUCGGUUAUCUUCAUCACCAGUUUCCUCGGCGUGAAGCUGUUCACACGGUGCUCUCUGAGCGACACGAGCAUGAUCAUGAUAGGCAUGUUCUCCUUCCUCACAGGGAUCUACUUCAUGACGUUUGUUACAACAACCACCACGUAUUACUUAGCUCGUACACUCACUUUGUUUGCACUCAUCCCUAUGCCCACCAUUCGCUCACUACUGUCCAAGCAAAUCCGAGGAUCAUCAUAUGGAAAGACUUUCACAGGGCUCCAGCUGUCCUUCCAAUUUGUUGGUUUAGCUACAACAUAUACCUACACCAAGGUCUAUCAGUCCACACUGCACAUCCUUCCAGGGUUUGUCUUCACCUUAUCCAGCAUCAUCACAUUCCUCGCCAUGAUUCCCAUCAGCAUUAUUGGGUGUCGUACUGCAAGGCAGGGAUGCUACGAGAGACUUUAAGGGACUUGAAACCUCAUGCACAACAGCUCCAGGAUUCCCAGUUCGAUCCUGAGAAUCCAUAAUCCUUCUCCCUGUGUUCCUCUGGGUUCUCCAGUUUCCUCCAACCUCACAAAAACAUGCUAGUAGAUGGAUUCACUAUGAUAAAUUGCCCCUUGGUGUGAGUGUGUGCGUAUAUGGUGCCCUGUGAUGGACUGGUGUCAUAUCCAGGGUGUAUUCCUGUCUCGGGAUCCACCGCGAGCCUGACCAAGAUGGCGCAGGUACUGAAGAUGAAUAAAUAAACGAUGAAUGAAUGAAACCUCGUGCAUGAUACAUUUUCAAAUAACAAGGUUUUUUUAAAUAACCAAAAAAUGUUUACUGGCAAUUUUGUUGUCAUUGUUUCACUUCACUGGUACUUUGUAGUGUGUAGAAGUUUUGUACAGUAUAUAUGUUUUGGCCUUUCUUAGUUGUUAGAGACAGUGUUAUUUCAUUUUAUUUCAGACCGCUUUGUAAGAAAAUGUACAAAAAGGCAAAGUAAUAAAUCAUGCCUUUGAGUACUGUUUGGUACUUUUUUUAAAAAAAAUUAUUUUGUUGGCCAUUUACACCAUUGGCCAUUACGCAUCAAGGUUUUUUUUGGUAUUUUUGAUAAAAGAUAAAUAUCUGCAUUCAUAUCUGUAUUCCAAACUUCAUUUUCUUCAUUUUCUAAGCACAUGCUUUACAUUGUGUCAUUAACACUGAAAAUGCUGUUCAUGAUUCAAAAGUCUGAUGGCAUGUACAGGAU